AUGUCUUCUGACAUAUUUCAGUACAAACCCCUCGAGCACCGAGAUUCUUUCCGACUCCUGCAUCUGGAGCCUAGUCUCGACCACAGCGCAGAUCUCAAAGGCUCGUUGCAUCAUGCUACACUCUCUGAUUACAACUAUGACCUGAUCGAACCAUACACUGCUCUAUCCUACGUCUGGGGCGAUUCAAAUAAUGCUGAAAAGGGUUUGCAAGUCGCCAUGAUGGGGAGGAUAUACUCCACUGCGCAUCAUACUGUAAUUCAUCUGGGAAAAUCGCCUAAGGGAUUUGAGAAGCUGGUCAAAGAUCUCAAGGUUCAAAGCCAGACAAUGAUGCAUGAAAAUACGCCGGCCAGUGGGCAGUUUUCAUUAGCAGCGGAUGAGGUUGACUAUGUUUGGGUUCGGUGCGGUGACCUACGAAUGCGGUGGCACCAUUUUUGCCCCAUUGUCGAGACCAAAAAUGUCGUUGCUGCCAUGCUACUUGACACUCUGUCUGACAGUAUCGUCCAGCAAGGCCAGCCUCGAAACCUAACGCCCUUGAAGGACAUGAACAGUAGACGAUACGGCGCGUUUGAGGCACCACUAUCUACGAUUCUUUUCUGUCGGAGAGGAAUCGGAGCCACUGAUCCUCGAGAUAUCGUAUUUGGUCACCUGGGUGUUGUAUCGGAUCGAGAUAGGUGUGAUAGUUUUACCAAGAUCGAUUACGAUAGAGAUCUUGCGCACGCGUCGGUCGCAUGCUGCUCGGUAUUUACUAGAUGCUACAGGUAUCGAGAGUCCUCUCCUGCAUGCCAUGAACCCUUCUCCCAUUAA